AUGAGGGAGUUUGGUCUUGUGCUAGGAGACAUACAAAACUAUACCUACAGGCGACACAGGGAUCACUUGCCACACAAACUAACCCAGGACACCAGCCUUCAUUGGAUCUGCACCCUCAAACGUCACUUUCCCUUACACUCACACAUUAAGAAUUACAUUUGUAUGCGAAUUAAGUUAACAUUAUGGAUCAUAACGCUGUGGGCCGCCCUCGUGGCGGCCACAGCUAAGGGAUGUGAGGACCGGCACACGGCAGAGUGUGCCGGUAAUGGACAGGAGCUGCUGGCCUGGUCCAGCAGCUUCCUGAAGGAAGCACUGGAGGAUGCCCAGCAGGGCUACCUCAGGCUGAGUGAGAAACACUCAGACGUCCUGAGGGAGAACCUGCAGGUCCUGGGCGACCUCCAGGUGCUGCGGCAGGAGCGCGCUGCUCUACAACAGGAGCGCGCGCUCCUGCACGACGAGCAGGCGACUCUGCUUGCCAAGCACGAGGACCUGCACCAGGAGCACGUGGCCCUGCUUCACCAGCACGAGGCCCUGCUUCAGGUGCACGAGACCCUGCAGAGGCAGCAUGAGACCCUGCAGACGGACCACGCUGGUCUUGCAAAGGACCAGCGUGACCUUGGGGCUGCCCACGGCAGCCUCAAGAGGAGCUUCCGGGACGUGCAACAAGAGCUGCACGGUCUCCGGGAGCAGCACAAUAGCCUGAGGCAGGACCACCUCCGGCUGCAGGACGUCAAGGAGAGCCUGCUUGAUGAUGUGGAUGAGAUGGCCGCCAUUAACCAUCAAAUGGCCGAGCGCAUCAAUAACAUCAUGGAAGAAUGGCAAAGAACAGAAGAGGAGAAGAAACACCAUGCCCAGUCUCUUCUGUUGAGGGCAGACCAGGAGAAGAAAUGGGCCUUAACAGAGGCCCAAGAAAAGUACGAUAUGCUCAUGAAGGAAAAGAAAGCAGUGGAAGACGAACUAACUUAUACAAAGAAGGAAUAUGAACAAGCCCAAGAAGAAAAGGAAAGGUUGAUGAAGGACAUGGCAGAAAUGGCGGUGAAAGAACAGCAAAUUGCCAACUCCGCCAGGACUGCAGUAGACGAAUGGCAUGCGACCAAAGAGACAAUGAUGCAGCAUGUUGAGUCUCUACAAGCCAAGGUCGACAGAGAGAAAAACAAGAUUACAUCAGAAGCCCCGCUAAGGUACAAAGAAAUUGAGGAGGAAAGGAAAGCGAUGAAAGACGAACUCUCUCUUCUGAAGAAAGCUUACCAAGAGGCACAAGAGGAGAAAGUUGAAAUUCGUCAAUAUCACGAGCGAGCCGUGUACGUGGCUGCGCUAACUAUUGACAGGCUGCAAAAAGGAUGCGCCACGAUCUCCGAGGAACACGGUCAAGGAAAAGCAACAGAUGAUGAAAGAACAAAGGAAGAAUGGCAAGUGGCACAGCUGAUGCAAGAAGCGGAACACAAGGAACGGCUGAGCACGAUUGACAUAGUAACUGAGUUCGAGUCUCAAGACACCUCAGAGAACCGUUACCAGGGAUAUGAAGUCUUCUAUCAGUCAGAACACUUGGUCCCUGAAGAACAAGAAAAAGAGUCUCGGGAAAAUAGCGAACAUGCCAGUGAACACGCACAAAGGCUGGCAAAUGCGGUGAAUGAGCAGAUAUUCAAACAUGAAAGACAACUGCUGGGAUUUGAAAAGAACGACACCAAGGAAGGAGACGAGACACAGGAAAGCAAACUAGAAAGAAAAAUCGCAGACCAGGAAUAUCGGGAAAGUAGCGAACAAGCCAGUGAACACGCACAAAGGCUGGCAAAUGCAGUGAAUGAGCAGAUAUUGAAACAUGAAAGAUUACUGCUGGGAUUAGAGAAGAAAUACACCAAAGAAGUAGACGAGACACAGGAAAGCAAACCAGAAAGAAAAUUCGCAGACCAGGAAUAUCAGGAAAGUAGCGAACAAGCCAGUGAACACGCACAAAGGCUGGCAAAUGCAGUGAAUGAGCAGAUAUUGAAACAUGAAAGACUACUGCUGGGAUUUGAAAAGAACGACACCAAGGAAGGAGACGAGACACAGGAAAAGAAACACCAAAGAAGAAUCUGGGAACGGAAUGAGUUAUGA